GAGGUUUUGCUCCAUAUUCAAUCACUGUGCCUCUGUCCACCCACCCUAUUAAAUAAGGGUACGCCGCGCUCAAUCGGCGGAUUGAGUGUAGUGGGGAGAAGUCUGGGUAAUGCCACCUCUUCCGAGACGUCUAGUCAAUGUGAAAGAGUAGGCCAAAAAUCCUCUGGAGGGGCUCUCUAGAGCUCCCUCUAGUUGAAGCCCUUCUGCCAACAGUGUCAUGAGCAGGCAAUUGCAGGGCUGCACCUUUUAACCUUUUAUUUCAUUCCCCCAGGGUUGAUGUUUUGUAUUUUCUGGUUGUCCUGCACCGCCCCCGUUAGUGGUAUUCCUACCACCGGACAUUUUCACCUCGUUGGUCGCUGGAGCAGGGAGGAACUUUGACAUCACAGCAGUAAAUUUAGCUGUGACGGUCCCACCUGAUGACGGAGACUUGUGUUGCCUCCGAAACGUCGUGAUAUUUUAUUUUAUUUCCAUUAUUACUUUUAUUAACUUUUAAUUCACAGCAGAGCUUCAGCUCGUGCGCUUUUGGGUUAAACUUAAAUUUCGUUGACGGAUGUGUGAUGUGUUUUGACUGUGUUCUGAUAUUGGUCCUGUGUAGCCUGUUUCUUGUCCCUGUAGAGCCAGCGGUUCAUGUUGUUCUGGAGUGCACGGGUUGCACAGGUGGCAUCUACGAGGCCUGGCACUCGAUGUGGCUCGGUCAUGGUGAACCCUGCCCGCGACUCGAUUGCGAGAACGCCCUCCGUUGAUUGAGCUGUUUUAGAGGAGAUCAAGAAAACCCGCCCUCGCACUACACGGCUAUGUUUGAGCAAACAGCUCUCAUUAAAAUCGCACGCGACGUGUGGCUACAUAGCCUGUGGGUAUUUUUUUCUCUCUCUACGGUUGAGAAUUUGUGAAGUAGUUUGGAAAUGUUAUGCUCAUCAGAAUGGCAGACGUAUUGGUUCCGAAGAAGGCAAAAAUUUUGCUAUUAAUUAUAAUUAAUAUCAAAAUUUAAAUUCGAGACCCACUUUUUUUUGUCAUAUUUUUUUCUAUUAGAUCCUUGGCUCUAUAAAUUCAAUGUACAUUUUCGAUUUUUACAGUGUGUCUGAUGAUGUGUCAGCAUUGUGGCAGAAUGGCAAAAUAAACAAGGACAAAAAUAUUUUUCAAAAAAAUCUGUUAUUUUGUUCAGAGUAAGGGGGAGGACAGUACAACAUUGGCUGAUGUAACAUGUGUAAAGAGUGCACGCAUCCUAUUUGCUGUUGCGGCUCCAGCUCAUUGAAUUGUGGUAACUCGCCACACAUCCACAGUGGACCUCACCUGUCCAGGCGUCAGCCCCCACACGGCACGCCGCACCUAUGUGAGUAAUGAAUACCCUGCCCGGCGUUCCCGUUGGUCCCACGGUGAAAUAACUGGAUUGCACGGGAGGCUGCCUGGCAGCAACAGUAUCCCAAGUGCUCGUGCCUUCCUGCGAUCCCAGAGCUCCAUGGCAUGCCCCUCUUUGGGCACCUGUCGCAGUGACGGCUGCUUGCGCUAGCGGGCUGUGUUAUCCCAUAACCGUGGGAGGACUGCGCCAUUAUUGAGUGAUAAUUUCCAAAAAACACGGGGGAGACUUGAGGUCUGAAAAAGUGUAAUUAGUCGUGCCGAGUUUGUGAUUGGGAAGUGGUGUAGGAGGCUGUGCGCCCGUAAUCUUGUUUUUGUUUCGAGCACAAAGCGCCUCCCGUGAAAUUACUAUGGGGGCUCCGUGAAUCUCACUUUCGCCUGCUUGCCUGGGUGCGCGUUUGUUGUUCUUGAUAUCCAACAAACGCAUUUCUCGGAGCUGCCCAGCACGGUUUUCAAACCACCCCAAUCACUUCUGCUUUCCGUGGUUUUCUUGACUCCUUGUAAGGAGUUUGUGGCAAAGCGGACGUGACGUGCCAACCCACGCUUGCUCCGUGUGGCAAAAGGAAAGGUUUUUUUUAUCUGAAACGAGGCUAUAUACUCCCCCGCGGCAGAAUUUCCCAAACACUCCCCAACACCACGGUUGAAAAUUAGACGGCUCCGAGAGGAACUCGGCUUCUCGGUUCGACGCGAAAUUAACCCCCGGGAUUAAUUUUAGAUUGAGGAACUUGCCGAGACCAUAUAUGUUCCCACUCGUUGAGAGAAAGCCGUGUUGAUCGCUGCGCCCGUUGGGACACGGAGCCGGUGGAACGCUGCUGCCCAGCGACGUGCGGUCGGCCGACACGUGCGCUCUAAUAGCCGCGCGGAGACCCACCGCCCGCCGAUGUCCGUGGCUGCCCUCCCCGCUCCGUGGAGACUCGUGGACUUGGGAGCCCGAGUCAAAGCGCGCAUGCCGCUCGGUCGCCGUAGGAAGCUCCUGCUCCCAGCCGAUUCGAACAAGAUGCACCAUGCCGGGGAGGGGCUCCACCGACCCGUGACAGCCAGCCUGUCAGGCUGCAGCAUCGCCAGCGAGUCGGAGAGCAGCAGCCUCUCGGAUAUCUUCCAGACGGAGAGCGAGCUGGGUGACAUGGACCUGACGGGCCUCACGGAGACCGUGGUGGACUCGGACGAGGACGACGAGGAGGACCUGGACCAGGCGUCCAUGUCGGUGUCGAGCCGCGACAUGGUGCGCGACUGCCUUGAGAAGGACCCCGCAGACCGCACCGACGAUGACAUCGAGCAGCUGCUGGAGUUCAUGCACCAGUUCCCGGCGUUCGCCAACAUGACCAUGUCGGUGCGGCGCGAGCUGUGCGCCUCCAUGGUGUUUGCCGUGGUGGAGAAGGCUGGCACCGUGGUACUGCGCGAUGGAGAGGAGCUCGACUCGUGGUGCGUAAUCCUGAACGGCUCGGUGGAGAUCAGUCGCGCCGACGGGCGCACCGAGACGCUGUGCAUGGGCAACUGCUUCGGGGUGUCGCCUUCCAUGGAGAAGGAGCUCAUGACCGGCGUCAUGAAGACCAAAGUGGACGACUGCCAGUUUGUGUGCAUAGCGCAGAAGGACUACUGCCGCAUCCUGAACAAGGUGGAGCGCAAUAUGCAGAAGGUGGAGGAGGAGGGCGAGAUCGUCAUGGUGAAGGAACACCGCGAGCUGGACCGCACCGGCACGCGCAAGGGCCACAUCGUCAUCAAGGGCACCCCCGAGAGACUCAUCAACCACCUGGUGGAGGAGCACUCGGUGGUGGACCCCACCUAUGUGGAGGACUUCCUGCUCACCUACCGCACGUUCCAGCCCCACGGCCUCGACAUCGGCAAGCGUCUGCUGCAGUGGUUCAACGACUCCAGCCUACGAGACAAGGUGACCCGGGUGGUGCUGCUCUGGGUGAACAACCACUUCAACGACUUCGAGUCCGACCCUGACCUCAUGCAGUUCUUGGAGAACUUUGAGAGCUGUCUGGAGAGAGAGAAGAUGCACGGCCACCUGCGGCUGCUGAACAUCGCGUGCGCGGCCAAGGCGCGCGUGCGCCACGUGACGGUGCGACGGGCGUCACGCGAGUCCCCGCUGGGCUUCAAGCUCGACGGAGGGCAGGACCGCGGCUUCCCACUCUACGUCUCUUCCCUGGACCUGCAGAGCAAGGCCAGCGAGAGCGGCCUCAAGCGUGGAGACCAGAUUCUGGAGGUGAACGGUCAGAACUUUGACAAUGUGCUGUUGUCACAAGCCAUGGACAUCAUGAAGAAGAGCACCCACCUCUCCAUCACCGUCAAGAACAACCUUCUCAGUUACAAGGAGAUCUGCCACCGUCUGGAGGAGGAGCAGACGAGCGGCGUGCAGCACAAGCCCCGCAUCGCCGACAAGCGCUACUCCAUCCCCGACCUCACGGUGCAGCUCGAGCUGCCGCCCGGCCACGAGCGCUCCAAGGACAAGAAGGGCAACUCUAUGGGCAAGAGCAAGCUCAAGAAACUCAUGACCAAGUCCAAGAUCAAUCUCCUGCCCACCAAACCGUCCAGCGAGGUGGCGGUCACCCAGGACGACAUCGUGCUGGGCGUUAAGGCCCCGCGGCCGUGCCUCGCACCGCUGCCCACACCCGCCAGCCUGUCCUCCUCGAACCCCGACCUGGUGCAGUGCCACGGAACGGCGGAGCUCGGCACCGCACCAGACAUCCCAGACCAGGUGGUGAAGGUGUAUCGGGCGGACCAGAGCAGCCGCUACGUGAUGGUGAGCCGCGAGAGCAGCGCCCGCGAGGUGGUGGUGGCAGCCCUGCGCGAGUUCCAGGUGUGCGAGGCGGCCGAGGCCUGCUCGCUGUGCGAGGUGUCCGUCAGCCCUGAGGGCUUCAUCAAGCAGCGGCGGCUGCCCGACCACCUCAACAAGCUGGCGGAGAGCAUCCAGCUGAACGCACGCUACUACCUGAAGAACAACUCCCAGACGGAGCCACUGUGCUCCGACGAGCACGCCCAGGAGCUGCUCAAGGAGAGCCAGAUAUCGCUGCUCCAACUGAGCACGCUUGAGGUGGCCACGCAGAUCUCCAUCCGCGACUUCCAGAUCUUCCGCAGCAUCGAGCCCACGGAGUACGUGGCCAACCUGUUCCGCCUGGGCGGCGCGGCCGCCUGCGAGCACCUGCAGGCCUUCGAGGAGACCCUCAACCGCGAGACCUUCUGGGUGCCGUCGGAGGUGUUGCGCGAGACGGGCCUGCUCAAGCGAGUGAAGCUCAUCAAGCAUUAUCUCAAAAUCGCACUCAACUGCCGGGACAGCCGCAACUUCAACUCCAUGUUCGCCAUCAUCAGUGGGCUGAGCCACUCGUCGGUGAUGCGCCUGCGCAGCACCUGGGACAAGUUGCCAUCCAAGUACGAGAAGCUGUUCUCCGACCUGCAGGACCUGUUUGACCCCUCGCGCAACAUGGCCAAGUACCGAAACCUCUUGAGCAGUCCCAGUUUGCAGCCGCCCAUCAUCCCACUGUUCCCGGUCGUCAAGAAGGAUCUGACCUUCCUGCACGAUGGGAACGACUCGCGCGUCGAGGGCCUGGUCAACUUCGAGAAGCUGCGCAUGAUCGCCAAGGAAGUGCGGCACGUGGGGCGCCUGGCCUCGGCCAACCAAGACCCCGCCGUCAUGUUCCGUCACCGCAAGAGGAAGUGGAAGAGGCUGGGGUCGCUGAGCCAGGGCAGCACCGGCUCGGCACUGGAGGCCGCGCAGGCCAGCGGCCACAAGAAGCGUCAGCGACGCAGCUCCUUCCUCAACGCCAAGAAGCUGUACGAGGAGGCGCAGAUGGCGCGGCGCGUGCGCCAGUACCUGGCGUGCCUCGUGGUGGAGCGCGACGAGGACCAGCUGCAGAUCAUGUCGCUGCAAUGCGAGCCCGCAAGCAGCACCCUGCCGAGAGCGGCCGACAAAAAGGUAGCGAAGACCGAGUCGUCCCCGGGCAGCUCGCGCUCCGCCCCUGCCAAGCAGCAGGCCGUGCCGGCCGUCACGCUGCACCCGUCGGGCCGCGCCGUGCCCGUCAGCUCGCUGCCGCCCUUCGGGAUCACUUCGCAUCAGUCACUGCAGAAGAUCCUUUCACUGUCGGAGGAGGCGAACCAGGACAAGCACAAGCACAAGUCGGAGGAUUCCCUGUCCAUCACCUCCUCGCAGUCCGACCCCUCGGCGUCGCCGCACAACUCGCCCCGCAGAGUGGCCAUUCGGCUCAAGAGGCAGGGCUCGCACCACUCUGACAUGGGCCCCAGCUCCUCCAUGGCCAGUGAGAACAGCAACCGCAACAACAACGCCGCCCGCGCUAACAGCUUCGGCUGCGUGAACUCCACCCAGACGGAGAUGACCGGAGACCCGGGGGCGAACCUGAUGUCGGACCGCAGCAGCCUGCACAGCUACACGCUCUGCUCACAGUGCCAGCAGGGCGUGUGCCUGCGACACCCCGCGUCACGGGAGUGUGCGGACCGCGUGUCGGUGGCGCCGAUGCUGGACAGCGGACGCAGCAGCUGGACGUCGUGCUCCAGCGGCUCCAACGACAACAUUCAGGUCGUUCAGCGCAAGAAGUCGUGGGAUGACCACGCGGGCUCCCUCCCCGAGAACUCCGAGUCCCCCCCCGGCUCGCGCGUCACGCACCUCCACGCCGACGUGGCGGCCUCCAAGCCGCCGGCCCCGCACGCCGGCCGAGCCCCGGGCAGCUCCCUCGCCGCCAAGCCGCCCGCGAGCGCCCCGGCGCCGGCGGAGGGGAGGGCCGCCGCGCCGGCCGCGUGCGGCGAGCGGGACGCGUCGGCAUCCCCGGAACAUACGAGGAGAGCCAAAAAGCACCCGGAGGCCACGCAGAGCUCCGCGCGGCCGCUGGUCUACAGCGGGAAGGCGGCGGAGCAGGUGCUGAAGAUCCGGCAGCUCAAGCAGCACAGCCACGACGUGCUCAUGCCGAUGCACCACAGGCGGGUGCCGUCCGAAGACGUCCAAGCGGCGGAGGUCGCGGACCGGGCCCUGGACGUUAACGGGGGAGAGAGGGGAGGUGGGAGCCUGGAGAGGCGAGGACCCAGGGACGGGAACGGGGCGUGUCGCUCCUCGCCGGUCGUGCGCAGCAAGUCGGUGGACUCGAGCGGCGCUCGCGACGCCUCGCCCGCCCCCCCUGCGCCCGAGGGAGCCCCGCAACCCCGCGGCGCCGGUGUGGGAGACGCGCGCAAGAGGGUGCCGCCGCCGGCGCCCCCGGGCUACGUGGCCUCGCAGGGCGAGCGCCGGCCCCCGGACUACAGCGUGGCCGUGCAGCGCUCACGCCUCGUCAACUGUAGCGCCGACUCCCCGCUGGGGCAGCGCCCGCGCAGCACCCUGCCCCCCGAGCACCCCCUGCUCACGUCCGGCCGCGCCUCGGCGCUGUCCAGCCCCCAGCGCGCCUCCCCCGUGCACGGGCAGCACACGUCGGUGACGGCGCGACCGCUGUCGUACCAGCCGCUCCCGCCGCCGGCAGGUCAGCCGCCGCCCGCCCUCCCCCCGUCUCAGCACGGUCCAUCUCCCGCCUCCUCCUCCUCCUCCACAGCGGCCGGCGUCGCGCCGGACUUCGGAUCCCCUACCCAUCACCACCACUUGUACCACCGCCCCCAGCCCGGUGCCGCUCCCACGCUGCCCCAGAGGCAGGCCCGGGAGAGUCACCCCCCCGGCUUGCCCCCCACCAUCCCCCCAGCCCACCGGCAGGGGGCCGCUACGCCCACCGGGGGGCGCCAGCGCGGCGUGCCGGUGCUGCCCCCCACCGCCGGGCCGCGCCGCGCUGCCCCGGCGCUCUCCCACACCACCCCUUACCCCUCCCCGCUCCUCUACCCUGCGCGCUACUGCCAGGACAAUGAACCCGACGACGAGGAGCAGGUUUCAGCCGUUUGAAGCCAGGAGAGAUGCAAGCGUGGGUGGAGAAGAGUGGGCCCUCUCCGGGACACACGUACACAACCCCCACCCCCGUGCCUCCUCCCUCCGUGACUGUCCCCCUGAGCGAGGCACCACUGCUUCGCGGACCCGCGUUCCUGUGAAGCCUAGUGGCUUCUGAAGGGGAGACGCUUGCUCCACAUUAUUGAACUUCGAUCCUUCAUUGCCCUACCAACUUCUCGACUGACCUCCACCAAGCAUAAAGCAUUUCAACUUCCGUCGACCGACAUGAAGCAGUGCUCAAAAAUGGGAAUCAAAAAAACCUGCCUGAAGGCUCGGCCAUUGCUCACACUCGUGUUUUGGCCCGUGAGCACGAUUAGAAAGAGGGGGGAAAGAGGACAACACUACCGAUGUAGUCAGUACAAUGAAGCAACCAUUUCAACAUAUAGUCUUGUUAUUUACCAUACGCGAGAGGCUCACUCAAGUACAUUUAUGAAGAGCUGGGACUAAACUAUUUGCAUGCACAGUGCACAGUGCAGAGUUGCUCACAGCCAUGCCGUGCGCUGUGUUGUGGUGUCCCCGUAAGCCGUGCGCGUGGCCGCAGCGGUCGCCCAUCGUGUCGUUGGAGGCGUCUCGAUGGCCAGGCACACCCCGAGCACGCGAGGGGGCCACCGUGUCCACAUCACCGCCGUUCAUAUGUAAAGCUUAUUGGCUGCGAGUGACAAAACGCUCCUUGGUGUGUAAGUGUAACGUGCGUUGUAGGGUGGCCGUUGUGUUGACGUCGUCAUCGUGUGUUUGGAAUAUACAUACAUGAACUGGCAACUGAAAAGCAGCGAACAAACUCGCCCAUAACAGAGCACCGCUAUGGCUCCCACCAGAGUGCGAUUUCUGUCGGUGAUGGUACUCGUGUAGCUCCGUGACAUCAAUAGGUGAUAUUAGACUGUAGAGUGAUGUGAGUGGUGCUAUAAUUCUGUAGCUUGCUCCUGUCGCUGCCAGUGGGCCUCUGAUGCGUGUAUGUGGACUGAUGAGCGCGAAUGAAAAUCCCACGUGGCAGACUCACGAAUUCAUCGUACGCCGGUGCCCGUUCAGGCUCCCUUCAAGCCAGAAACCCAAUAGCGCCAGCCUCUGCCCUCUUUUUAAUCUACCCAAAACACCCGCGCUCUGGAGAGCGAUAUUUUGGCUUUUUAGGAUCCUUGGCAGUAAUCACCGAUGAAGAUUUCCUCACUGUUACAAGGCGCUUUUGGUAACGGUCGUAAAGUUUUUAAACUAAUAUUCCCUGUCCAGCAUCGCUCAGAGAGGCCCCCCCGCGAGAGCCACGGGCAGGCCUCCUGUGGCUGCUCGCUCGGCCGAUGGCGGGCGAGGUUACCCUCCCCCCUCCCCCCUGUCACUACCCUGCACCAAUUCACCCCGUGGGCCGCAAGGAGCCCCCCGAUUCCCAUCGUGGCUGGGAGAUGGUGGGUGAGCGAGCGAGCGAGCAGUCGGAUUGGCGUUUGUCGGGACGGUUUGUGACGCACUGCUGGAAUGACUGUCUCCGUGCCGCGGACACGACUAGCAGCACGCCGGUGAGAUGGCCCCGCUGUGGCAGGGACUCGCGGCCCAUUUGCACGUCCCCUGCGUCGCAGUGGCACAAAGUCAAGAGUUGGGGAGGUUCUGCAAUCAAAAAACAACGUUUUGCGAAAUGAAAAUAGCACAGUCAAAAGAAUAUUUAAUCCGCAGGUCAUGUUUAUGUGUCUUAACUGUAUCAGUGCUAGAAGUGUUUCAAUCGUUGCACAGAUAACAUAUUUUCGCAUUUUCUAAUCAUGCACAUUUGUAGCGAAAGUGUUUUAAGCAGCUGACUCCCAUGUGAUGCGCGAUCGAGUUGUAAAUGAGAUUUUGUAUGAUAAUCAUUUUGUCAUCACAACUGAUCAUAUUGAUUGGUUUGAAGGGAUUUUAGGAGUUUUAAGGAAAUGAUGUCGCUUGGCAUUAACACACUAAUGGUAUAAACCUUUUUGUAACACUAAAUUCCCACCUAUAUUUUGCCAGUUAAUAAAAUGUACAAUGUGUAGUCUUAUAACCUUGCUGUCUGUGAAGCUCGUUACUGUGUAAUUUACACUCAUGUACAAUAUUAGGUUGAUUAAACAGUGCAUUGAUACAUAAAA